AUGUCUGUUGAUCGGCCGCGUUUUGUGCCUACGAUUGAUUACCUUGCAUCCAGAGUAUGCAAGCUUUCCAAGUUGUGUAAAGAUAUGACGCAUGAUCCAUCCGCCCUCCAAACAACCUAUUCACAGGCUGAAAAACUUUUCCAAGACUUGAUGGACAAGUUGCGGUUGACUGACAACAUGGGAAAUCCAGCCCGUGUCCCUGCCAACAACAACAACAACAUGGAUGCUAAUAACAAGGGCUAUUAUCAAAACACAACCACGAUGAACCGGUAUGAUGCAGGCGCCUUUCAACGUGCUAUAUGCAGUCUCGUCCGUUAUGCACCCACACGCGACAAGGCGUUACAGUACUUGUGUUUUUUCUUGUACCAAAUCGGACCACCUUUGCGGACUGCCAAAACUGAAAUCACAAUGCUCAUCAAUAUCAUCUACAUGUACGCCAAAGACAAGGAAUUACCCAACGUAGCACAACAAGCACUUGACUUCAUAAAGAUCGGGUUGGAGCGUGAUGUCAUGAAUGUACCACCAGAGCAUGAUCCAAACGAUAGCUUUCAAGAUCCAGCUUCAGUCUUUUUCUCAGUAUCAAAACCCAUCCUCAGACAACUCAACCUUCGGUUUUCACAAGACCGUCGUUCCAUAGUCCCAGCCAGCUCAUAUAGCACUAGUAAUAGUUCUUUUAAUCCACCACCUCGCCCACAAUACCAUUAG